AAGUCACAAAAUUGUUAGGAUUAGAAAACCAAAAAGUAAAGAAUAUUGCUCCAAGUGACACUGCUCCCAGUUUGUAAAUCUUUGUUCUAUUGAUUGGUAAUUUGUUCAACUGGAAGCAAUGGUACUGAACAACUUCAAUGGAACCGGUGUCGGUUUUGGUGCUGGCAUUGGUUGUGGAUUUGGGGUAGGAUGGGGUUUUGGAGGCAUGCCUUUGAAUUUCUUGGGUCUUGGUGUAGGUGGCGGGUGUGGAAUUGGAGUAGGCCUCGGAUGGGGAUUUGGCACUGCUUUUGGUAGCCAGUACAGGAACUCUAGAGUUACAUUUGAAGGCAAAGAUUUCAAUAAAGAGAGUAGUGAAGAAAGAGAAUCAAAAGAAGUAGCCAAAGGCACUCCUCAAGUUGCACCACACAACUCAAAGCAAGAUUGUUGGAUCAUCAUCAAUGACAGAGUAUUAGACGUAACGAAGUUUCUGGAAGAACAUCCUGGAGGAGAAGAAGUGUUGAUUGAAUUAUCUGGAAAGGAUGCAACUAAAGAGUUUGAAGAUAUUGGGCACAGUAAAGCUGCCAAAAACUUGCUCUUGGAAUACCAGAUUGGAUAUCUUCAAGGCUACAGAAUCCCAGGUGAUGAUAAUUUAGAUACUGAUGACUCCUUCAAAGAACCAAUAAAGGCCAAAGAAAUGGAAGCUUUUGUGAUCAAAGAGGAUCCCAAGCCCAAGUAUCUGAUUUUUGUUGAGUAUUUUGUGCCAUUCUUGUUUGCUGCCUUCUUUCUCUAUUACCGCUAUCUCACUGGAGCUCUCAACCUUUGAACUCACAGAACAAAGGGGGUUAUCAUAUGAUUUUUAUCAAUAUAUAACUUUUUUUUAUGUCAAUCUUCAAAAAGGGAAAAAACCAUACAUUGUUGAUUUCAGUUCUGGGUUGUUAAUAGAGGUGAUUCUGGAAAA